UCAUGUCUACAGACACACAUGUUGAGUGUCCAACUGUACCAAUAAUCAUAAUCAAUACUUCCUUCGGUAGUAUGAAGAUUCGAUCCAUGUAUAAGACAACUCAAGAAUUAAAAAUAAAAGUUGAUACUUAGUUUAAGUAUUUACCUCCAUAAAUAUGGAUGAACUGCUACUCUGCCCGUAAGUCUCGUUCCUUGAAAGUUGUCUAUCUUCGCCAUGGAAUAUCAGUUCCCUUUCUUCCCAAUUCUUUUCACCUUCCUUCUCUUCAUCUUCAUGGUAUUCAGAAUAUGGAAGAAGUCAAAAACCAACCACCCAGCUCCACAUCUUCCACCAGGACCAUGGAAGCUACCUCUAAUAGGCAGCAUGCACCAUUUAGUUGGCUCCCAACCCCAUCACCGCCUAAAAGAUUUGGCCAAAAAAUAUGGACCUCUUAUGCACCUUCAACUCGGGGAACUUACCAACAUCGUGAUAUCUUCACCCGAGAUUGCUAAAGAAGUGAUGAAAACCCAUGAUGUUGUCUUUGCACAAAGGCCUCAUCUCCUUGCUGCCAGUGUUACAAGUUAUAAUUACACCGACAUUGCAUUUGCACCCUAUGGUGAUUAUUGGAGACAGAUGCGAAAACUUUGCACGCUUGAGCUACUAACUGCGAAACGCGUGCAGUCAUUCAGAUCAAUCAGGGAAGAAGAAGUAUCAAGACUUAUGAGAUCCUUGUCUUCAAGCGCAGGAUCACCUAUCAACUUUAGCAGGAUGUUCAAUUCUUUGACCUAUAGCAUCAUUUCAAGAGCAUCGUUCGGUAAGAUUUGGAAGGGGGAAGAAAUAUUCAUACCAAUUGUUAAGAAACUGAUAGUAGCAGCUGGAGGUUUCACUCUUGCUGAUGUCUAUCCUUCUGUCAAAUUGCUUCAUUGGAUUAGUGGGAUGGCGCCUAGACUCAAGAGAAUCCAUCACAUAGUAGAUAACAUAUUCCAGAACAUCAUCGAUGACCAUAGAACUAAAAGGGCAGCAGCAAAUUCCAGUGUUGAGGGUGAAGGAGAUCUUGUAGAUGUCCUUUUGAAUUUCCAGGCUCAGGAAGACCUUGCGGUCCCUAUAACAAACGACAACAUAAAAGGAAUUAUCCUGGAUACUUUCGUCGCCGGUAGUGAGACGUCAUCUACAACUGCAGAAUGGGCAAUGUCUGAGCUACUUAAAAAUCCAAGAGUGAUGGAGAAGGCACAAGAAGAGGUGAGGAGAGUGUUUGGUGAAGAAGGAAAUGUUCAUGAAGGACGACUCCACGAGCUCAACUACUUAAAGUGGGUAAUCAAUGAAACUCUAAGAUUGCACCCUCCUAUUCCCUUGUUACUUCCAAGAGAAUGUAGAGAGAGCUGCGUGAUUAAUGGUUACGACAUUCCAGUAAAAUCCAAGGUAAUUGUGAAUGUAUGGGCGAUUGGAAGGGAUCCCAAUUGCUGGAUGGACGCUGAGAAGUUCUAUCCGGAGAGAUUCCAGGAUUGUCCCAUCGAUUAUAAGGGGACUCAUUUUGAGUUUCUCCCAUUUGGUGCUGGAAGAAGGAUGUGUCCAGGAAUAUUGUUUGGCAUUAUAAAUGUGGAGUUUCCACUAGCGCAGUUGCUGUACCAUUUUGAUUGGAAACUACCCACUGGAGUGAAGCCAGAAACUUUUGACAUGACUGAAGAUUUUGGUGCUGUAGUGAAGAGGAAAAGUGACCUCUACGUAAUUCCUAUGCCAUUCCUUCCUCCACCUGUAAAGUAAAGUUUCAAGAGAGCCUCCAGAAAUGUUAGUUUGGGGUAAAUAGGCUUUCAAACAUACUUCAUAUUCAUAUAUAUAUGUAUAUCUAUAAUUUUGUCUU